CUCCACUUCUAAGCUCUUCACAAUCCCUUGCAUUCUUUUCGCUUCUUCAGAGUUUACGGAAUCAGAAGAUUCUGUACGAAGAACAGUAAACUUGGGUCUCAUAUUUGUUUAUUUUCGCAAAAGAAUUAAAUUACCAGUUUCUGAUGGCCUUGAGAUUAAAAGUUCUAUAAUUUCGUUCAAAAAAUUUCAUUGCAAUCUCUCGUUGUCAAGUCCUUUAUUUUUUCCCUUUCAAAAUUUAUUUUUCCGAGGAAAUUUUAAAUGGAGAGGAGGAGAUCAGCAGUUGGGUUCUCUCUAGGGUUUUCGGUGUUGUUUUUAUUUGUGGGGGUUUCUCUAAUAUCGCCGGCCACGGCGAGAUUCGUGGUGGAGAAGAACAGUUUAACUGUGACAUCUCCUGACAGCAUAAAAGGUACACAUGACAGUGCCAUCGGGAAUUUCGGAAUCCCUCAGUAUGGAGGGAGCAUGGCCGGAACGGUUAUUUAUCCUAAGGAGAACAUGAAGGGUUGCAAGGAUUUCGACGAUUUCGGUAUAUCGUUCAAGACAAAGAGCGGAGCUCUCCCUACAUUUGUUUUGGUCGAUCGAGGAGACUGCUUUUUCGCUUUAAAAGUUUGGAAUGCUCAGAAGGCUGGGGCUUCUGCAGUGCUUGUUGCAGAUGACAUUGAGGAACCAUUGAUAACUAUGGAUUCACCACAAGAGGAUGGUGGAUCUGCAAAGUAUAUUGAGAACAUUACAAUUCCUUCUGCACUUAUUGAUAAAAAAUUUGGUGACAAAUUAAAGAAGGCACUCAGCUCUGGGGAUAUGGUUAAUGUUAAUCUUGAUUGGAGGGAAGCUGUUCCACACCCGGAUGAUCGUGUGGAAUAUGAGCUCUGGACCAAUAGUAAUGAUGAAUGCGGAGUCAAGUGUGAUAUGUUGAUGGAGUUUGUGAAAAAUUUCAAAGGUGCAGCACAAAUACUUGAAAAAGGUGGUUAUACCCAGUUCAGACCCCAUUAUAUAACUUGGUAUUGUCCUCAGGCCUUCACAGUGAGCAAACAGUGCAAGUCCCAAUGCAUCAAUCAUGGAAGAUAUUGUGCACCUGAUCCUGAGCAGGAUUUCAGCCAAGGUUAUGAAGGGAAAGAUGUAGUUAUUGAAAACUUAAGGCAAUUAUGUGCUUUUAGAGUAGCAAAUGAAUCAAAAAAGCCUUGGGUUUGGUGGGAUUAUGUAACUGAUUUUCAAAUAAGAUGUCCAAUGAAGCAGAAAAAAUACAACAAAGAGUGUGCUGAUGCUGUUAUCCAAUCUCUAGGGAUUGAUAUCAAACAGGUAGAGAAGUGUAUGGGAGACCCAAAUACUGACUCUGAAAAUCCUGUUCUUGAAGAAGAGCAAGAUGCUCAAGUUGGAAAAGGAUCAAGAGGCGAUGUGACAAUACUGCCUACCCUUGUUGUUAAUAAUAGACAAUAUCGAGGGAAACUGGAUAAAAGUGCUGUUCUUAAGGCCAUCUGCUCUGGUUUUGAGGAAACUACUGAGCCAGCUGUUUGUUUAAGUGGCGAUAUAGAGACAAAUGAGUGUUUGGAUAAUAAUGGUGGUUGCUGGCAAGAUAAAACAGCCAAUAUCACUGCUUGCAAGGAUACAUUCCGUGGAAGAGUAUGUGAGUGUCCCAUGGUUGACGGUGUGCAGUUUAGAGGAGAUGGUUACAGCACCUGUCAAGCAAGUGGACCUGGACGGUGUAAGGUAAAUAACGGUGGUUGUUGGCAUGAAACUCGGGAUGGGAAGACCUUUUCUGCCUGUGUGGAUGUUGAAGGCAGUAAGUGCAAGUGUCCUCCAGGAUUUAGAGGUGAUGGUGUCAAAAGCUGUGAAGAUAUUGACGAGUGCAAAGAAAAGAAGCGUUGUCAGUGCCCUGAAUGCAGCUGCAAGAAUACAUGGGGUAGCUAUGAUUGCACUUGCAGUGGAGAGCUCUUGUACAUCAGGGACCACGACACUUGCAUAAGUAAGAGGGCUGGUGAAGUAAAAACUGCAUGGGCUGCUGUGUGGGUCAUUCUAAUAGGAUUGGCCAUUGCUGCUGGUGGAGCAUAUCUUGUUUACAAAUAUAGAUUAAGAUCAUACAUGGACUCAGAGAUCAGAGCCAUUAUGGCACAGUACAUGCCACUAGACAGCCAAACAGAGGUCCCAAAUCAUGUAGGACAUGAUCGCACCUAAAGCAAGCUCUUCUGUUCUAUUUUUUGACUCCUGGGCUGUGCAGACAUAUGUUGUGCUUCUCUUUAUCUGGUGGCAUUUGGUUCUGUAAAUUAUGGUGGUUCAAAAAGGCUGUACAAGAGAUUACCCUGAGAUUUAAGAGAAUGUUUAGAUAGGGUUUGGUCAUUUGGGGGGAGGGGGAGG